CACCGGAGCCAACGUCGGGCCUUUGUCAGGAGGGGAGAAGACUAGUGAUCGUGCGGUGUGUGCUCGGUAGCCCAGGCCGUGAGGAGGAGGGGGCUGCCGGUAUGGCGGUGUAGCGCCGCCCAGCGGGCGCCGGAGGAGGCCGCGUGCGUGGUGUCAUUGUGCUCUGCAGACGUCUUUCAUAGUGAUGGGGACACCGCAUUGUGCACUACACUCAGCCGCUUCAGAACCUCAUUGAGCUGCUGACCUUGGACCUCGAAAUGGUCAAUAUUUUAUUACUCUUCCAAUUAAGAGGCUCCCCGUUGUUAACCUUUUAAGCGCUGGACCUUUGUCCCCCCCCCCCCCCUCCUCUGGAUGUAUAUGACGUCAUCACAUAGUCACAUGACCAGCACCUCUCCGCUGUUCUGAAGGAGAUUGGACAGUAAGUCAUUUCCACAGGCAUUUUGUCACCUAGCCUCUGAGACCCAUGUGAUUUAUAGAAGAUGGAGAUGGAAAAGAAUCACAUGAUGGAGAGAAUCCUAAGCCUUGUCCUGGAAAUUGUCUACUUGCUUAUUGAAGAGGAUUAUAUAAUUGUAAAGCAGUCUGGUGACAAUGUGGUGUACCGGAGCAGCGCCCAGAGUCCCGAUAUGGAGCAAGAAGAGCCCUUAGAAAAGAGCAAGAAAAACAGUAAGGUGGCAGAACUCACCAACAAAGUGCUGCAGCUUCUGACUGGAGAGUCACAUAAUGACAUGGAUUGUGAAGAAGCAGAAAACAAGGAUGAAGAGAAGAAAAAGGCAGGCAAUAUUCAGCCUGGAUUUGACAGGUCAUCUGCUGUCAUGCCUGGAAUUCAACGCCCAUCUGGUCUGGUGUGUCUUAAGAAAGAAAGGCCUGAUGUCGACGUCCCCCAUAAAAUCUCCAUGUCCUUGUGCCAAGAUAGCGCAACACAAACCGAGGAAACCAGCACCAGUGAAAAUGGACUUCUCCCUGAAAUUUACAUACAUGUUCCUAUUGACCAGACCGAAUAUUUAUCUGUUUGUAAGAAGGGGGGAGCUGGAUCUGAUGACGCGGCAUUCCUAGCUAGUAACAUUUGUAAUCCCCUGGUGCAUACAGUGGUGCACAGCAGCGCCGAGGAGCAUUUACUAACCAGUAAAGAAUAUGGAUCUGCUGAUCCUAAACCUACAGCAGCUGAGUAUACAGUUAUUAAAAUUAAGGAGGAACCUGUUGAGUGGGAGGAAGAAGUUUCCAGAUCAGUUAAACUGCCUAUACAGAUUGAGCGCACAGAGACCCAACCUAAGAGCAGCAUUUCUAUAUAUCCUGAAGGUCUAAUGAACCAAGCACCAACACCAUAUACAACCAUGCAGAUUAAGCAAGAACCAGCCACGGAUGGAGAGGGAUCUCUCAUAGAGACAGGCAUAUCUGUAUCAGUAGAGCAAUCGCAACGCCACUUCAUACUGGCUGAGAAUGCCGAAGGGAGUUUCAGGGACACUGACAUCAACACAGGCUCUGAGAACUCCCAAAUAGAUUAUGGCUCUGCCUUCAUAAAAGGGCAAUACUAUGAAGAUGAUGACAUGCAAAAUAAUCCUGCGGAUUUACCAGCUGCUCGUUUAUACCAGGAACCGUAUAUGGAAGAGAUUACAUAUGAAUACUACUCUGCUCAUUCUAGCAACGUACAGCAGAAAAUAGACAAUACGGACAAACCAUUUUCUUGCUCAGAAUGUGGAAAAUGUUUUAAAUACAACAGUCUUCUCCUCCACCACUCUAAAUCCCAUCAGAAGAAGCCCCUGAUAUGCUGUGAAUGUGGGAAACAGUAUUCUUGUAAGACGGAGUUCGAUAUACAUCAGAGAAUUCACACUGGUGAAAAGCCUUUUGUCUGCUCCGACUGUGGGAAAGGCUUCCGUAGGAAAUCUCACAUGCUCCGACACCAGCGAAUUCAUGGAGACAAGGAAAUAUAUCCUUGUCCAGAAUGUGGCAAGUCUUUCCAUCGCCAUGAUGUCUUAAACCAACACCGGAAAAUACACAAAACAAACCAAGUGGAGACUUACCCUCCCACCAGCCAGUCUCAGCCACAAAACCCCUGUACUACCUAUGAUAACAUUGAAAGGCUUCCAUGCUCUGAAUGUGGGGAAAGCUUUGAUGAUGUAUCACAGCUUGAGGAACACCAAGUAGUUCAUGCAGGGGAGAAGCCAUUUUCUUGCACAGAGUGUGGCAAAUCAUUCCGUUUUGAAGCCCUUCUGGAAUUGCAUUGGGGUAGCCACAUUGCUGCAGUUUCGUGUCCCGAAUGUGGAAAUAGUUUUGCAAGUCAGAGUCUUCUUAACCAUCACCUGAAGGUUCAUGCAGGAGCAAAUGAUUGCAUUUGUUCAGAAUGCGGCAAAGAAUUUCCCAGUCGGUCCCAGCUGGUUGACCAUUACAGAACACAUACAGGAGAGAAACCAUACAUGUGUCCUGAUUGUGGAAAAUAUUUUCGUAGAAAAGCACAUGUUGUUAGGCAUCGCAAAAUCCACAAGGGCAAUAAACCAUUUUCUUGCCUAGAAUGUGGAAAAUGCUUUGAGAAUCAUGAGUUUCUUGAACGACAUGCAAAAAUGCAUAAGAAGAAAAGACCAUACAUCUGUUCUCAGUGUGGGAAAAGUUACACCAAAAAGUCUCAUCUAGCCAGACACCAGAGGACACACACUAGACAAACCACCCACGCUUGUCCCAGAUGUGGAGAAAGCUUUCAGUAUCCAGCUCUCUUGAGUCAACAUAUGAAACUCCACACUGGAAAAACGGACUAUAAUUGUCCUUGUUGUGAAAAGACCUUCACUUCUGAAGUGGCUCUCCUUAAACAUCAGAAAACCCAUUCAAAUGAAAAAUCUUUCAUCUGCGUUGAAUGUGGGAAAAGUUUCACCUUUUAUUCCCAUUUCAUGAGGCAUCAGACCAUGCACACAGGAGAAAAGCCUUUUGAGUGUACAGAGUGUGGAAGGCGAUUCACCCGAGAUUCACAUCUAGUCCGACACCAGCGAGUUCACAACAACCUAUAAGCUGCAAUGCUUGUGAUAAGAGUGAACAAAAAAAAAAUCCCGGACCUGUUAAAGUCUAUGAAAUGUAUUAUUUAUUUAGUCCUUUUUUUAUUUCAUAAAUGUUUCUGGAAUGUGCAUGGAACCUUAAACUAUAGAUUUGAUUCCACCUUCUGUUUGUUUCUAAUUUUAUAUUGUCAAUGUAAAAUAAGAAAAAAAAAUCUGCUUUUAUGUUAUUGUGACACACAGUCCAGGGGGUUUGGUUUCAUUUGUGAUCCCAUUGACUGAGUGAGUAUAAUGUAUUAAUGUUCUUAUGAAAAAGGUAAAACUGAAUGUUUCAGGCAGCUGUAAUUUAGCCAGAGAAAUACACCCCAAAUAUAAGUCUCAAGGUAACAGGUGAGGGGCUAGGUCCAAAAUGGCAGAAGAUGGGUGCAUGAAGUAGAGUUAUGGUAAAAUAUCAUUAACGUACAGUAACCUGGCACCUGAAAUCUCAGGGAAGUACUUUCCUGCACAGUGUCUUGUGGUUGAGAGAGAGUACUAAGUACCUUUGCACCACUUAAGAGGUAGAGAAGACAAACUGCAAGACAGUGGUCCAGAAGUCCAGUAGAGUUUUUGCAUCUCCCCGCACCCCUUCACAGCAGCAUUUGUCUAGAAAUACUUGUGAACAACCAUGGGGACUGGAUACAAUCAAGUCCCAAUU